AUGGGUGGAUUGACGGCACAUCCUUUUGACCCUCUAACACCCCAAGAAAUAUCUCAAGUUGCCCACCAUGUUCGAGCUGCAUUCCCAGAUCGAGAAGCGUAUUUCCGGGUUAUUACGCUUUGUGAGCCGCCAAAGGCAGAUAUGAUUCGGUUUCUCGAGGCCGAAAGCGACAAGACUGUUCCGCAGGUCACGCCCGCUCGAGUGGGCAUGGUCCAGGUCUUCUUGGGGCCCAGGGACAGCGAACACUUCUUUCAGCUGAAGAUUGACGUUGUCUCGGGCAAGGUCCUCGAGCAAGAGCAAUUGCGUGGCUGUCAUCCACAUGUCGACGCCAGCGACAUGCAAAAGAUCGAACGGGCAUGUCUCGAUGACCCAGGGGUGCAAGCCGCGAUCAAAGAAUUGCAACUGCCUGAAGGUGCCCUGGUGAAGAUUGAGCCGUGGACAUACGCAACUGAUGGCAUGAACGACAUGAGCCAAAAGAUCACCAUGUGUUACUUUUACAUGCAGUUGUCCAGUCAUCCAGAUGCCAAUCACUAUGCCUACCCUCUCGAUCUUUGCGUCGAAAUGUCCGGAGAUGCUCGAGUCCUCAAGAUAUACUACUUGCCUUAUGGAACUUCGAACGAAACAAGUAUGGCGGCGAAGCCAUGGGAUCAGAAGAAGGUCCACGGCUCCAGCAUUGAAUAUCAUCCUGACCUGGUCCCUGAACAUCGCACGACGACGAAGCCGUAUCAUGUCUCUCAACCACAAGGGCCCUCGUUCGUGACGGAGGGAAACCUCAUCCGCUGGGAGAAGUGGACUGUGCGUGUUGGCUUCAACUACCGAGAAGGCCUCACUCUUCACGACAUCAGAUAUGACGGACGAAGCCUCUUCUACCGGCUGUCCCUGUCGGAGAUGUUUGUGCCUUAUGGAGAUCCUCGAAUGCCAUAUGUGCGCAAGGCAGCAUUCGACGUGGGCAACGAUGGAGCUGGUGUCAAUGCCAACAACUUGCAACUUGGCUGCGAUUGUCUAGGCCACAUUAAAUAUUUCGAUGGAUGGCACACCACAAGUCCAGGAGACCCUCUUCAGAUCCCCAAUGCCAUCUGUUGCCACGAAGUCGAUGACGGCAUCUUAUGGAAACAUACUAAUUUCCGGACUGGCCAUGCAGUUGUGACGCGGUCGCGCGUCCUGGUCCUGCAGACGAUCAUCACCGUCUCCAACUACGAGUACAUCUUUGCCUUCCACUUAGGACAAGACGCAUCUCUUCACUACGAGGUUCGAGCCACGGGGAUUGUUUCAACCGUACCCAUCAGCAUCGGGGAUACGGUUCCCUUUGGCACGGUCGUUGCACCAGGGGUGCUGGCGCCCUACCAUCAGCAUAUCUUUUCUCUGCGAAUUGAUCCGGCAAUUGCAGGCUAUAAGAACUCCUUGCUCAUUGAAGAAUCACAUCCCAUGCCAACGCAGGAUCCAAAAGUCCACAAUCCAUUUGGAGUUGGAUAUACCACCGAGUCACAGUUCGUCGAGAACGAAUCUGGUCACGACCUCGACCACACUGUCAACAGGGUUUUCAAAGUUGUCAAUGAAGAAGUGAUCAAUCCCGUCACUGGUGGGCCUGUUGGGUACAAGCUUUCCCCGUUCUACAGCCAGUUGCUUCUGGCUCACCCGUCCUCGUACCAUGCAAGGAGGUCUGAAUUCGGAGCUCAUGCAGUUUGGGUUACCCGAUACCAUGAUGACGAAUUGUUCGCUGCGGGUCAGCAUACCAUGCAGUCUUUGGGCGGGCAGGGCAUUGCUUCAUGGAUCAGAAAACGCCAGCAGAACAAAGAGGCCACCAGCGUCAGGAACGAAGAUAUUGUUAUCUGGCACACUUUUGGAUCGACACACAAUCCUCGUGUGGAAGACUGGCCCGUCAUGCCAUGUGAGAAAAUGCAGGUCGGAUUGAAGCCCGUCAACUUCUUCACCGCAAAUCCGGCAAUAGAUGUGGCUGUGUCGACACAAGAUCGGAACCAGAGCGUUCUUGUCAAUGACAGUGUCACGCCGGUAGAGGGACAUUGUUGUACAUAG